AAAACGUAAAUGAUCGUAGUGCAUGUUUUUCUUUCUAUUAGCUCAGAAUUCAGAUUCUCAUUGCACGGAAAAGUGGACAUCUUAUCUUAUCAAUUAAACUGAUAAGAAUUCGUGAAUUUAAUGAAUUAUAUGUUCGAACACUACUAUACAUUUCCUUUUGAAUUCUUUUUGUUUAUUUAUUAAAUGGAGAAACUAUGAGCUUUUAUUUUAUUAUUCAUUUUCAGUUAUAUAACUUUUAUUGGUGAAUUCAUCACAAUUUAAAACAUCCAAUGGAUCAAAUUAUAAAAGGCAAAAAAAAUUAGCAUUUAAUCUUCUUUUUAUCCCUAUGAGUAAUUAACGAACAUAUACAAAGAUAUAUAAAUCCUCGUACAAAAUUCAAUAUAUAUAUAUUCAUUCGACGCAUAUGGAAGUCAUUUUUCCACCCAAAAUUUUCCAACACAAGCUUCUCUAUCAAAAGAAUGGAAUUCGAUUCUCCGAUGGUAGCUUCAGGACCACAACCCAGAAAGCUAUGGACGGGUGGUACUCCUAUCACCCCUAGAAUGACCCAAGUUAGUCUCAUUCACUGCUAACUUUGCAGCUUCCCAUCAUUUUACAAGGGCUCGUGCUUUUUCUUCUGAUUGGGCAUGGUUUUCUCCUUAUCAUAUGCCCGAAAGAUGCCGAAACCAGAAACUUCUCUUGGCAUACCUGGAGAUGGAAGAUGUUUGUUCCGGUCUGUAGUUCAUGGUGCUUGCCUGAGAGCAGGGAAGCCAACUUCAAGUGAUAGCCAUCAGAAAGAACUUGCAGAUGAGCUCAGAGCUAAAGUUGCAGAUGAGUUUGUUAAGAGGAGAGCAGAAACCGAAUGGUUUCUUGAAGGUGAUUUUGACAACUAUGUUGUAGAGAUGCGACAGCCUCACACUUGGGGUGGAGAGCCUGAGUUGCUGAUGGCCUCUCAUGUCCUACAGAUGCCAAUCACUGUUUACAUGAAGGACAAGAAAUCUGGUAGCCUCAAAAUCAUAGCCGAGUAUGGUCAGGAGUAUGGCAAGGAUAACCCUAUCCGUGUUCUUUAUCAUGGAUAUGGACACUAUGAUGCAUUGCGGAACCCAAUUGGUGGUGCAGAAUCCAAGUGGUACAAGAAAAAAUAAAGGGAUGGAAGUAGAAUAUGGGAUCGUCUUAGGAAUCUUGAAGUGUACCCUGUGGUGCCUGCAAAAUGCUAAAAGAGAACGGUUCUCUAUUUGAUGUUGGAAACAGUAUCAUUCUUAAUGGAUUUAAAAUCAUCUCCAAUAAAACUCUGAACUUUGUUCUGCAAAUGAAAUUGCAGUCAUGCCGUUUCCAGGUGUGGAUAAUGAAUUUGUCACGGCCACCGGUGCAUUCUAA